AUGUCAUUCUUCAUUUACGGGACGUUGUUGUUGUCUUUUUUAUUGUCUGCCAGCUUGAACUACUACCUGUGGCCAGAGCUGCUUACCAAGCUAGGAAGCCAGUUCUUUCCCGACUUUGAGAGAUCAAUAAAGAUCUUCCACACCUCAGACCCCGAUUUCAAAUGCAUUCAUUUGUUACAAAAGCAGAAGAGAAGAUGCAAAGGGUCUAUUAUCACAACAGCUAGACGUUUUGCAACAUUGCUGCGUGAGGUACUCCUCGUGGCCCGCUGGGAUGAUCCGCAGACGCACAAAAUGUUAUAUAUGUAUUCUCAGCUCUGCCACUGUCCAAUUCACCAGAUUGCCGAGGAAAAUGUGACUGCCAUGUAUAAGAGAUGGGAGAUAGAAUUGAAGGAUACUUCACUCAGAUCAUCUUUCAGCACUUUCAUCGCCUACAAGCUGUUAAGGCAUCGAAUUGCUGGCCACUUCCCCGUUGAAGACGAAGACGAAGACGAAGACGAAGACGAACCAUCAGAAAUCGAGCAUUCUGCCGAGAGCCAUGCCUCAGGUCUGCAGAGUCCUGAAAUGUACCCACAGAAUAAGCGCUUCACGCCCACUCGUAACCUUCAGUGCAGAAAUCCCGCCGCUUCUCAGCAGCCUUCGCCGGCAUUUGCAAAUGGUGAUGACGCGUCCAACUUUCGCCGUUACUGGGCUGGAUCGGAGAAAGGCUCUCUCUAUUUGACCAUUACGAAACGCCUCGACCCGGAUGAGCUCAAAUCUGGCUUCAUUUACAUACUCAUUCAUCCGACAUUAGAGCACUAUGUCAAGAUAGGCUACUCGACUGAACUUGAGAAACCCGAGUAUCGUCUGGAAGAAUGGAAAGCUUCGUGCAACUUGAAAUACAGACUGCACAAGUCUUACACGACCAGGUAUGCUAAGCGAGUUGAGUCGCUUGUGUUUUCAGACCUUUGCAAACACCGAUACGAGUUGCGCUGCGGCCCGUGCAGGAAGGUCCACAACGAGUGGUUCUACAUCGGCUCUGAAAAUGCUGAACGAGUGGUUAAUUACUGGGUUGACUGGAUUGCUACACUGGCACCCUAUCGAGGCCUCAAACUCAAGCGCGAUUUCGUUCGAGCAAUGUUUGAUGUCGUAGCGCAGCCUGAAGACCAAAACGUCGUCACAGGUCGUAUGGGCCGAUUUCUCUACGAUUCCAGCAACAACACAUGGGUCGAUCACUCUAUCCUCCUUGGCAUACGUUCUCGAAAAAGCACUCCGCCUGCCGACACCACACAAGCUGCCAAGGCCAUAAGGGCCGAAGAUCCUUCUAUGAACACGCCGACACUGCUGCAGAACCGGGUUAGCGAUGCUCUUUCAGAACCUGAGAGGACACACAGAAAGCCCACUCAUACUACAACUCCAAAAGAAACCACCAACAGAGUGGUGAAGUCACCCGAAGCCGCGCUCUUGCCAACAUCUCCUGACUCGAAACCUGGACUUGUACGUCGAAGGCUCUUCUCUUCAACAUCCAGCGCGCAGGCAACAGCCUCGUCUUCUCCUCCUCCGUCCCGCGCAAACAUGCCGCCCCCUCGCAGUCUUCCAACGUCGUUAAGACCAUCCCCAGCCAGUUUGAGUGAGAAUGUUCGUGAUGCUGAAGAUACGCCCUCCAAAUCCAGAACAACACGUGAACGUGGUUCUGAAACUAAAGCUACUCAACGACGAAAAGGUGCAAAGUCGUCCAAGAUGCCAGUCCAUGAUCCAUGUUCUCCGGAGGUGAGGCUUUGCAUGCCGCCCGACAAUGGCAUGGAUCAGGAAACUUCAGGAAGUAAGGCUGCACAGGAUAAUUCCAACAACCAGAUCGAUGAGAUGAUGGUUUCAGACGGUGUUCUUUCACCCUUGCAGUUGCCGUCUCCACGAGUUGAGUCAGAGAGCUGCCUCGUGUCAGACGCCAUGGAGUCCAAGCUCCCGCGAGGCACACCAGAUCGUCAAACAGUCCAUACCCCUGCUCAGUCCGCGGCGAACUUGCCUCUUCGCUUCAGAGAAGUCAUCGACUUAACUCUCGAAGACAAAGUUAAUUCAGAUGACGAAGACAUCCGAAGAGCUUCUGCGCCGCAAAUAUUGCAUACACCUCCAGACUCGGGAAGUAAGAAGAGAAAGAAAAGCUCAAGGCGCUCAACUUCAGGCAAGCGCAUAUCCAUUGGUGAUACCGUGGAGCAGUAG